AUGUCAAGAUUUAAAAAAACAAGUAAAGACAAAGAAAUAGUAAAGAAAGCAAAUAUUCAAGGAAAGGUUAAGGAAAUUGGUUAUUUUGAUGCAAAUAAUCAACAAUUUGCCCUUAUUAUUAAUAAAGUUGCUGGUUUAUAUGCUAUCAGACUAAUUAAAUAUGAAAUCGAUAAUACAUCUGAAAAAGUUAUAAUAAAUGUAAGAGCGGUCAAAAGAUUCCCUAAUUUGAUGGAGUUUUAUCCGAACAAAGAGGAAGCUUAUACAAAUUUCAAAGAAAUUCAGGUGAAGCCGGAAUUAAUAAGUCAAUGUAUUAAUGAGAUUGAAACGCAUGACGAUGAAACAGAAAAUAAUAUAUUACUCAUAGGUGUAACUGGUAGUGGUAAAUCUACUCUAGCCAAUGUAAUUAGUAACACUGAUGAAUUUAAUGAAUCUGAUAAGUGGAUUGGCGGAACACAACAAUUUAAAACCAUGGACUUUGAAUGGAAUGGUACUAAGUAUCGGGUGGUUGACACUGUUGGAACGGGUGAUACAAACUUAUCAAAAGAUGAGGUCUUAUAUAAAAUGGGAGAGGCUAUUCAUUCUAUGAAAAAAGGGAUAAGGCGCAUAUUUGUUUUAAUAGGAUCAAGACUUAAUAAUGAUACAGUGGAGCCUUUUAACUAUAUCCAAAAAAUUUUCAAGAACGUUGAUCAACAUAUUACUAUUAUUAGAACUGGGUUUAAAGACUUUCAAGACAAAAAAGCAUGUGAACAAGAUAAAAGUGACAUAGAAAAAACGAAUAAUAAAAUGGCUACCAUUUUAAAGAGAUAUAAUAUCAUCUAUGUUAACAAUCCGCCAAAUAAUAAACAAGAUCGAGAGAAUUCUCGAAAAAUAAUAAUGUCGCAUUUAGAAUCUUGCGGAGAAAAUUACAAAAUGGAUAAUUGGGAUAAUGUAUGUGUUAGGAUCAAUGAUUUAAUGAUUGCUAAAAAAUGGGGAGAGGAGAAUAAUAAUAAAAAUACUGCAAAGAAAUUGAGAAAAGAAAUUAUUAGCAUAGUUAACGAACAAAUAGGUGAACAAAUAAGUCAAUCAUUAAACGAGAUGAUUCAGAAAGAACGAGAGGCGGUAGGAGAAGUUAGAGUCAAUGUACAAGGUACCUUUUUCGGGGAUGCGGAAGUAGAAAUGAAAUUAAAAAAUUUAAAAAACUGUUGUUCGAUCCUAUAA